AUGAGAGUCACGUCGCAAGGUCUCCCUUUGGUUGGCCAAGACGUCAUCAUCAACUCCGUCGACUCCUACCAAAUCCACCUUACCGUGGCAGACGGCUCCUGUGAUAAAUAUCCAGCCAAACAACACGCACGAAAUGUCGCUCGCAAACUCGGUGUCUCCCAUGGCUUAAUAUUUAUCGCCGGGGAACCGACCAUCAAUUACCGCGAUUCAGAUCAACCGCGCGCCUUCCGCCAAAGACGAUACUUCUACUAUCUGAGCGGUGUAGCAGAGGCGGACUGUGCUUUGACCUACGAUAUUAGCCUGGACCGGUUAACAUUAUUUGUGCCGGAUUUCGAUCUUCGCCAGGCGAUAUGGAUGGGCCCAACAGUUACAAGGGAGGAGGCUCAAGAUCGAUAUGAUGUAGAUCACGUUCUCUAUCACUCCUCCUUGCAAACGGAGCUUUUAUCAUGGCUGACCGAAAGGGUUCAAAAUAGCUUGAUCUACAUGGUGCAUCGGUCGGAAACUCCCACAGGACUACCCGUAGAGCUACCCGUGGAUUCAACGCUACUUAUGCCGGCCAUGAAUGCGGCUCGUGGCGUGAAAGAUGAAUAUGAAAUCCGAAUGAUUCGCCAGGCAAACAUGGUCUCCGCGUUAGCUCAUCGAAAAGUUCUUGAGCAAAUUCAGAAAAUGUCAAACGAAUCGCAGAUCGAAGGACUGUUCCUCAAUACUUGCAUUUCCCAUGGCGCGAGGAAUCAAUCAUAUGAGAUCAUUGCCGCCUCGGGCGCAAAUGCGGCAACUCUGCAUUACGUUCGCAAUAAUGAAUCCCUAGCUCGGAAGCCUUUAGUAUGUCUCGAUGCUGGUGCUGAAUGGAACUGCUACGCUAGCGAUGUGACACGCACAUUCCCGCUCAAGGGCGAAUGGCCCAGCGAUUACGCAUCAAACAUAUACGCGCUUGUUGAACAGAUGCAAGAAGCAUGCAUCAAAGGAGUUCGACGGGGUGUUCGCUUCCUUGACUUGCAUAACCUAGCCAAUGACAUCGCCAUCGACGGCCUCCUAGCCCUCGGCGUUUUGAAAGGUGGCUCGCAUGCCGAAAUCCGUGACUCGGGCGUAAACAAGAUUUUCUUCCCCCAUGGAUUGGGCCAUCAUGUUGGACUUGAAGUCCACGAUGUAUCCGAGUCAGAGAUUACGGCCAUGACUUCCGGCCGGGAUGCCGCCAAAUAUGGGCCCAUCAUGAAUACUACAACUUUCCGUUCCCCAUGCACGCUUUCUGCUCCAUUGUUAGAAGAGGGCAUGGUGGUUACCGUUGAACCGGGUGUUUACUUUUCAUCCCUGGCUCUUGCUAAUGCUCGCAAACAACCUUUCGCUAAGUACAUCGAUUUUGAUGUUGCUAGCCAGUACAUCCACAUUGGUGGCGUGCGCAUUGAAGAUGAUAUCCUAGUCACAGCUAACGGUAAUGAGAACCUGACCACUGCGCCGAAGGGUGAUGAAAUGCUUGCCAUUAUUCAGGGCUCUUCAUAG